AUGACGUUCGUCAUCCUAGACAGGGACCACGUCGAUGAAUUCCACUCGGUUCUCAACUCCAUUGAAUCAUCGAUCAAUUUCACGUAUGAAAUUGAACAGAGCGGCAAGCUUCCUUUCUUGGAUGUAUGUGUAUGCAGGGACAGCACGGGGAGCAUCCAUACGUGUGUCUACAGAAAGUCCUUCGAUACCGCCACUUUCCUUAGUUUCGGCUCACAUCACCCCACGGAACACAAGCGAAGUGUGGUGCCAACUUUAUUGCACCGUUCAGAGCAAUUGUCAUCUUGCAGCGAGCUACGGGCUUGUGAAGAUGCGACGGUCACCACUUCCCUGGACAAGCGAGGCUACCCACACAGGUUUAUUGAGGACACCCGGAAACGUAUACAGCUACGUAAACCGCAGGAUGAGAACCGCUCCCGCCUGACCCGGGUCACAAUUCCAUACGUCAAAGGCGUUUCGGAAUCUAUCCGCCGGGUGCUACGUCCAUUCAAAAUCUGGACGACCUUCCGACCGCACGUUAAACUGCGCAGCCUCAUCUCCAAGCCAAAGGACACUGUCGCCCCAGAAGACCAGUCUGGCGUGGUGUACAAGCUACAAUGGCUAGGUUGCAACACGUGCUAUAUUGGCGAGACAGGCCGGAAAAGAAGGACCCGCAUAAAAGAACACAAGAGCGACGUCCGGAACGCAACACAUGCCACACGGCUCAAGACCGAACUCAGCGAGCAUCCUUGGAACACGGGGCAUUGUUUCGACUACGAUAACGCGGUGACCUUGGCAUGCGAGGAAAGACUGGGACCGAGGAAGCUCCUGGAAUCGUGGGACAUACGCACCGAUCCCUUGCAUUGUAACAAAAACCGUGGCCCCCUUCCCGAACAAUACUGUCAUCUCCUUAAAUAG